AUUGGGUUUUUAUUUUUGUUUUCCCGGAAAAUAAGAGAGCAGAAAGAGAACAGAGGAGUAAGAACGAGGGUUUUAGGGUGGUUUUUGUUAGCGAGAGCUUCUCCUUGAUUGAGCAGAGGGCAGAGCUGUUUAUGUGUUUCACUCACAGAUUUCGUCUCUCAUAUUAGAGAAUUGUAGAUUAUUUCUUGAUGCUCUAGCGAUGCAGCCUCAUUAUAAUUCCCAUCCUCAACGUUCCAAUCAAAUCCAAUCCAAUGGUACUACUGCUCCAGUUCAGGCACAGGUUUUCUCUACAAAUCCUUCUCUAGCAAAUUUCUACAACAUGUUACAAAAUUCUAUGCCGAUGCAACCUCAACUGGGCAUCAUCAAUCCUCAACUUCCAGUUCCUUUCAACAAUUCCAAUGUCAUUAUGCCCAAUAUGCCCCCUUUGAUGACUCAACAACCUGGUUUCAGUAAUCAUAUGGGUAUAAACCAAAUGGGUUUUGCUCCACAAAAUCAUUUAAACAAUAUAAACACUAUCCCCAUGUUUGUGAAUCAAGCAAACCCGGGUCAACCUCAAGGCCAACCAUAUGCUCUUAAUUUCUCCAAUUUGCCUCAAAAUCAUAACCAAAAUAUGGGUUUCCCCAAUCUACAAAAUCUAAUGCAAAAUCUGAGUGCUGUCAUGCCUAUCCCAAUGCCAAAUCCUUCUGUAACCAAUGGUCCACAAAAUCCCAACUUUUUCGCAAAUCCUUUGUUCAUGGUUGGGCAGCAUGGCAAUGCAAAUCAGCCGAACUUUGUGGAGGAUAAAAGAACUGAACAAGUACAAGGGAACUCAUCCAUAAUGCCACAAACUCAGAACUCAAGAUCCUUGGGCUCAUUUAGGCGGCAGGGUAAUCCUGUUAAUAAUGGCCAAAAUAGUACUUCAGGUCCCAAUUGGAAAAACUUUGCCAGCAAAAACUUCAAAAAGAAUCCAAAUAAAGAGGCAUCAAACUUGGGAUAUCAGAAAUCUCAAUUCCAUCAUAUGAAUAAUGGGAAGAGGAAGUUUGGGUCUUCUAAUGAACACAGGGGAAAAGGGUAUGGCAAUGAGAGGGCAAGUAAAUAUGCUCGCACUAAUUCUGCAGAACAAGCUACGGAAAAGAAAAGGCCUCUUGCUUUGACCUAUACGGAACAAGAAAUCAAACAAUGGCGUGAAGAUCGAAGGAAGAACUACCCGUCAAAAGCCAAGAUUGAUAAGAAAAGUAGUGAAAGACAAGCAAACUCUGAGGUCAGUAGAAAAGAAGCCAAACAACGCCGAGAGCAACUAAAGGAGAUUUUAGCAAAGCAGGCUGAGUUGGGAGUUGAAGUUGCAGAAAUACCACCAUACUACCUGUCAGAUUCAGAGAAACAAGUAAAUGAAAGGGAAAAUAAUCAUAGGUUUGUUGGCAAGAAGGGUAGAUUUCAGAACAAGCAUGAUAGAAGAGGGAGAUAUAACAAAAAUGAUCGGUCUGCCAAGCAGCAAAAGUUAAUGAACAAUGACUCAUCACAAAUUUCUUCCUUCAACACAAAGAAGCCAACACUUUUGCAGAAGCUUCUAAGUGCGGAUGUAAGGAGAGAUAAGCACCGCUUGUUGCAGGCUUUUAGGUUCAUGGUGAUGAAUUAUUUCUUUGAUGACCUACCAGAGAAACCAUUGGAAUUUCCUUUGAUAGCAGUCAAAGAAGAUGAGAGGGAGGACUUAGCGGUAGCAGAAACAUCCUCACUUGCUCAGAAGGAUAUUUUGGAAGUAACAAGUUUUGGUCGUGCUGGAGGUGGAGAUGAAGACGAUGAUAGUCAUGAUUAUGAAAGAGUGGAACAAAUCAACAGAACUGAAGAAGAGGAGGGAGAAAUCAUUGACUAAUGAAUGCUUCCUUCCAUCACUUGCUUUCUUGUAUUAUAUUAGAAACUGUUUAUUUAUUUACUCCUUUCUUUUCUGCUUAACAACAUGAAUUGGGUCAGAACCAAUGAAGAGUUUAAUGAUGAAAUUUUGUAGCGACGAGCAGACCGGUUCACGGGCUGAGCUGGGACUGAGUUUGGGUUGGAGUCCAAGGAAUGCUUGGUACAAGUUUUCAUAUAUGAGUAUCUGCAACAAUUUUUUUGGUAAUUUGAGUCAUAAUUUGGGCUUA